AUGUCGAACUCGUCUGUUAGAACGGAAGAAACGACAACAAAUGACAAUGCUAUCGAUCGUGAUGCGUUGAAAUUUGAACGAUGGUGUAGGAGUUUAAAAUACAUCACAGGUCUUGGACUAACCGAACAGGAAAAAGAACUAUACCGCCAAAAAAAAGCGGGAGAAUUAGAAGCGUCCCAGUGCAGAAAAUGCAAAAAAUGGAGAGAUGAAUUAAUGAGAUCUAGCCCGACAGUGAUUUUCAUGCUUCAAAAUAUAGAGAAAGCUGGUUGUAAGAUAUCUAAAAAGCAUUUUGAAUGCCAUCCAUGUGAUGCUACUCGUUCUGGUGGAUUUUCACCUGAAUUUGGGAUCCUUCUCUGUCAGAAUCGAUUCUUAUCCAAAAGGCAUCAAGAGAUUACAAUGGUGCACGAAAUGGUCCAUUUGUAUGAUCAUUGUAGAUUCAAAAUUGAUUGGACUAACUGUUUGCAUCAUGCUUGUAGCGAGGUCCGUGCAGCAAGUCUUAGUGGAGAUUGUGGAUGGACGAGAGAAAUACGUAGAGGAUUCUUUACUUUUACAAAGCAGCAUCAGACUUGUGUAAAACGACGUGCCAUACUUUCGGUCUCCCAAAGUGCCCAUUGUUCAGCUCCAGGCAUAGCUGAGCGAUCAGUGGCUGAAGUGUUUGAAAGCUGUUUUAGAGAUACACAACCGUUUGAUGAGAUAUAUUGA